AUGAGAUCGAAUCUAAACUGUGAAGCAGGUAAGUUUUCAAAGAUCAAGGGUGUAGGAGUCUUUAGUAAUGAUGCACAUGAUACAAAUAUUCCAGUAGAAGUGUGGAGAUACUAUUUGCUAACUAAUAGACCAAAGGUAUCAGACAUAUUAUUCACAUGGACAGAUCUUCAAGCAAAACUGAACACUGAGUUGCUGAAUAAUUUAGGCAAUUUCAUUAACCGUGUCUUGAGAUUUAUUUCUAAAGAUCCAGGUUCUUUUCUUGCACUACUAUCUUAUCUUUUUUACUUGAAAGUGAUUCAAGAGGUGGUAGAGGUUCAGGAUAAAAUUCCAUCAUUCUGGAUGCUCCAUCUGUUAUCAAACACACUAGGAGAUAAAAUUGGUGCUUAUGUGGAACAAUAUGUGGAGACAAAACUAUAGCAGGUCAAGUUGCUGCACUUGUCCUUUGCCACACCAGAGAACUAGCUUAUCAUGUCAUAUUUUCAUUUGUA